AUGGCCGCGUCCGCACGGCCUCAGGUGCUGCGGCUCUACCGGGCCCUGCUGAGGGAGAGCGAGAAGUUCACCUCCUACGGAUACAGGACAUAUGCCAUCAGAAGAAUAAGAGAUGCCUUCAGAGAAAACAAAAACCUGAAGGAUUCAGCAGAAAUUGAAACACUGGUGAACAAUGCAAAAACAAAUCUGGAAAUGAUACACCGACAGGUCACCAUUGGACAACUCUAUUCAGCACAGAAGCUGGUUAUUGAGUGCCCAGAAAACCUCUAACCCAAAGGCUUGUUGUCCUGUAGCAGUUAUGGAUCAGCCUCAGUAUUCUGCAAUACGCACAGAUUUUUAUUUGAACAUAUUGU